UUGCUGGGCGCACUACCUUCGAGAUACGUACCCAUGUUGGAAGAUGCCAGCUACUGCAUAUGAAAGAGUAGUUUACAAGAACCCCUCGGAGUACCACUACAUGAAAGUCUGCCUAGAGUUUCAAGAACAUGGAGUGGCACUGAAUGUAGCCCAGUUCAAACAGCUGCUUGUUUCAGCCCUGAAAGACCUGUUUGGGGAGGUUGGUGCUGCGUUACCCGUGGAUGUUCUCACCUAUGAUGAGAAGACUUUGUCAGCCAUCUUGAGAAUAUGUAGCAGUGGUCUGGCCAAAUUAUGGAGUUCUUUGACCUUAUUUGGAGCCUAUAAGAGUAAGAAAUGUGCCUUCAGAGUGAUUCAGGUGUCUCCCUUUCUCCUUGCAUUAUCUGGCAAUAGCAGGGAGCAAGUAUUGGAUUGAAUACUCUUACAGUUCCAGAUACGUCCACUCUCCACAGUGUCUUUAGGUGUCUACAUAGUUGGAAAACAGAGCAGGCUAAAGCCCCUGUUGAUGACAUUUGGAGAUGCUGAAGAUGUGGAGAGGGCUUCAGAGAAGACUGUGGCAACAUCACAUGGUACCAACAGGGCAGUGUUUUCAGUAUGCGCACAUGAAAGUUGGAGACCGAGCUGAACUCAGCAGAGCCUUCACACAACAGGAUGUGGCUACCUUCUCAGAGUUAACGGGAGAUACCAAUCCUUUGCAUUUAAGUGAAGAUUUUGCAAAACACACCAAGUUUGGAAGGACAGUUGUGCAUGGAGUUUUGAUAAAUGGACUUAUUUCAGCACUCCUGGGCACUAAAAUGCCUGGGCCAGGCUGUGUGUUUCUUUCUCAGGAAAUUAAAUUUCCUGCCCCUUUAUAUAUUGGAGAAGUGGUUUUAGCAUCUGCAGAAGUGAGAAGGUUAAAGCAGUCUGUUGCUGUUGUUGCAGUGUCCUGUUGUGUGGUAGAAAGUAAGAAGACCGUUAUGGAAGGCUGGGUUAAAAUUAUGGUCCCAGAAGCUCCUAGAUCCUGAGAUACAAGUUUAAAGUUACAUGUUCAAAAACCUGUGCUCUUGUUAUCACAUGACAUUGGGGAGGUGGGCUGUUGCUCUUCAUGAAGUAAUGCUGGUACACUCAGAAGCCUGUGUGGAAGGGGAAAGUUCCAGAUUGGCACCUGGUUUGCCCAGAUUUAAAUCUGUGCAAGAUCUCAUCAUCUAUUGAGGUUUGAAUUUUUUUCCAAUUAAAAAACAAUUGAGAGGAGCUGGAGAGAUGGCUUAUCAGUUAAGAUCACUGGCUGCUCUUCCAGGGGAUCUGGGUUCAAUUCCUAGUACCCACAUGGUGACUCACAACUGUAUGUGACUCCAGUCUCAGGUGAUCCAACACUAUCUUCUGGGCUGUGCUAAAACUACAUGCACAUGGUAUACAGACAUACAUGCAGACAAAAUACAAAUACAAUAAUAAAAUAAAAAUCUUUUU